GCGCCCCCAGACAGAUGGAAGCGGGGGCGCGCGUCACAUGUCUCGAGACGGAGUCACCUGACGGUGAGCCAUCAUAAAAGCAACAACAAGGCCUCCGCGCUGCAUUGCAGAGACCGCGUCCAUCCCGACCCACAGCACCUUUCAACACCCCACCACUGCGCAGUCAUGCUGCUUCUCGCUCUGCUUUUCGUGUCUUCAGCGGUCGCCACCCCCUUGCUCGGGAUGGAGCAGUGUGCUCGUGGACCCCCCUACUGGUGUCAGAAUGUCAAGACUGCGUCCAUCUGCGGAGCGGUGACCCACUGCCAGCAGAACGUGUGGAACCAGCCCCAGAUGAAAGCGGUGCCAUGUGACCUGUGUAAGGAAGUGUUGAUGGUGGUAGAACAGCUGCUGAAGGACAACGCCACUCAGGCGGAUAUCCUGAGCUACUUGGAGAAGGCAUGCCAGCUGAUCCCUGACAAGGGUUUGACUGCUGAGUGCAAGGAGUUGGUGGACAGCUACUAUCCCAUCAUCAUUGGGAUCAUCACCGGAGAACUGGAUGACCCCGCUGUGGCCUGCGCAGCCAUGGGUCUGUGCCGCUCCCAGCAGCUGGUCAUGGCUCAGUACCUGAAGCAGAUCCAGUCCAACGAAAUCCCUCAGCUGGACCUGGCCCAGCGCGCCUCGCCCUUCCUCCUCAACGUGCCCCAGCUCCUGUUCCCCCAGGAGGCCCCCAAACAGGAGGUCCCCACACCGAAGGCCGCAUCUCUGGGGGAUUCUGCCGUGUGCGAGGACUGCGUCAAGUUCCUGACCGACACCCAGCAGCAAGCCAAGGCCAACGAGAGCUUCGUCAACUCUCUGAUCGAGCAGAUCGAGAGCCAGUGUGAGCUGCUGGGCCCAGGAAUGUCUGAUCUGUGCAAGCAGUACAUCAGCCAAUACGCCCCACUUGUUAUCCAGCAACUCUUGUCUAUGGAACCCAAGGACGUCUGCACCCACGUAGGCUUCUGCCCAGCGUCCAUCAAGUCCACUCCCAUGAUGAAGCUGCAGCCCGCCAGGGCCGUUCCUCUUCAGAAGCUCGUCCCCGCUGCCAAGCUGGACUCUGCGCUCAAGCAGGCCAAGCCCAUGGUUCGUAACAAGGAGGCCCCCCAGUGUGCCGUCUGUGAGUUUGUGAUGAAGGAGGUGGAGGGCAUGCUGGAAGACGAGACCACAGAGGCGCAGGUGAUUCACACCGUGGAGAAGGUGUGCAACAUGCUGCCCGCCACCCUGACCGCUCAGUGCAAAGACCUGAUCGAGGCGUACGGCGAGGCCAUCAUCGAGCUGCUGGUCCAGCAGGCUGACCCCAAGAGCAUCUGCACCGUGCUGGGACUCUGCAAGGGCGCCCACCGCAGCCUUAUCCCAGCGUUGGACCUGGUGAGCUACAAGACGGGGGGCUUCUGCGACGUGUGCAAGAUGGCCGUGCGCUACGUGGACGGGAUCCUGGAGCAGAACGCCACCGAGGCCCAGAUCGAAGCGGCCGUGAAGAAAGUGUGCAACUUCCUCCCCGAGUCUGUCCAGACAGAGUGUGACCAGCUCGUUCAGCAGUAUGAGCCCAUGCUUGUUCAGCUGCUACUCCAGAUGAUGGACCCAGACUUUGUGUGCAUGAAAGUGGGGGCGUGCCCGGAAGCAGGGCAGAAACUCCUGGGCGCGGAGGAGUGCAGCUGGGGUCCUGCCUUCUGGUGCAAGAACAUUGAGACGGCGAACCGUUGCAAUGCGGUGGCUCACUGCAAGCGUCACGUUUGGUAACAAACGAUGAAGACUCUUGAAUUUUCCACUUUGUGUCUUUAGGUAAUAAAGAUGAAACACUGUAGAGCUGCUUUCAAUUUUAA